GAGUGUUACCAAAUUUCAAAACAAACAAGUGAAAGUCGAGAGUCGAUGCUAUUUUCCGUUACAUGAAUUUUUGUGUUAAACAGUCUUAUUUUUACCAGAUAUAUUCAGUGGUCAUGUGUUUUUAAAUGUUUGUGAUAUUGUUUCGGUUUUGUCUGUUCUGUAUCGUCGAUUAGCAAAAGAAGAGCAACAUGAAGGAGGGUGCUUUUUACAAAAUUCUUCCGGUGCUUCUGUGUGCCCUCGCCAUUCCGUUGUCAAUGUUCAUGUGGAUUGGAAAUAUUGCCUAUUCGAAGCUUGCCAGCGACAACCAAGAUAACGUCAUCCCUCCCUCAAGAUGGCUGUUCUCGAUCCUGGUACCGAUCCUGCUGAUGCUGUAUGGUCUCAAGCGCAAAGGUGUUAAUAAGUCCGGUGCCACAAUGGGUUUGCUGUGUGCUGUGGUCCUGUCGGUAGCGUCGCACGCUUUCUUAGCCUGUCUGGCAACGUUCUUUUUCAGCUCCAGUCGGGCCACCAAGUUCCGAAGCCAUCUGAAGCGAAAAUUCGAGGAAGACUUCAAGGGCGGCGAAGGUCGGCGUAAUUGGGCCCAGGUGAUUUGUAACGCGGGCAUGGCCACUCAGUUAGCCCUGCUGUAUCUGUUGGACUGUGGCUACGGAGAGAAGCCGGUGGAUUUUGGCCGGCUGUAUCGAUCGAGUUGGCUAGGUAUCGGAAUCAUGGGUGCAUUUGCAUGCUGCAACGGAGAUACCUGGGCAAGCGAAUUGGGCACCGUAAUCGGUUCGGGACAACCAUUCUUGAUAACUUCAUGGAAGAAAGUUCCCCGCGGGACCAAUGGAGGUGUAUCGCUAGCUGGGCUUUUGUUCAGUUUUCUGGGAGGAAUUGUCAUAGGAGUUUCGUAUUAUCUAGCAAUACGAUAUUCCGUUGAUUCGAAAAUUCUGUCUCUCAGUCCUAACCAGUGGCCGAUCAUCGUAUUCGGUGGCAUUGCAGGAUUGCUGGGUUCUGUAGUGGACUCGCUGAUUGGUGCCACCUUGCAGUAUUCCGGUAUGGAUGAAAAUGGAAAGAUAGUUGAACGCCCGGGAAGAGACGUUAAGCAUAUCAGUGGUGUUAGAAUUCUGGACAAUCACAGUGUCAACCUGAUUAGCAGUAUCGCCACUGGUUUGCUGAUGCCAAGUAUUGCAAUGCACUUCUGGGACUCUUUUUAAACGUACAAUCUCUAAGGUACUUUAUGAUAUACUUAAAAAAAAUGGGCAUAAGUUACAUAACUAUGAGCUGUGGUGUUACAAUACUAAUCUCGUUUUAAAUAUUACGUCGAAAUCAUUUUAGGUUGUAUGUUGUGUCUGACCUUAAUAAAUUUAUAUACUUCUUUAUUUUGUUUAA